AUGCUUCGUUGGUCCUAUAGGGCGCGGGGACGCAUUGACAGCACAACCUCCACGGCAGGAGGCAUAACAGGGGUAAUGGGCAAUCGUCCACGGCGUCAUUCCUCACGUCGGGAGGCGUUAAUAUUCCUCUUCGUCCUCUCUUUCCUUCUUCUUCUUAUUGUGAAGACUUCUUCGCUGCUGGACUCACAGCAGGUGUCGGGCGUACAGGGAGACGAGGGUCGUGAGACCGCCAGGGGGAAUCCCACACUGCCGUGCCCCGGCUUCCACGAGGCAGCCUCUCCACCAGCCACACUCUGCGCAAAUGGCGCCGCCAGUCGGGCCCCCUUCUCGUCUCUUCGUAGUCAGCCCUUACAGUUGAUAAAGUCAAUGGAGAGAAAACAGUCAGAGUCCGCACCACACUUGUGCUACGCGUCGACAGGUACUCCAACAGCUAAUCCUGUUUGGGCACGACCGUUAUUGGAGGUGAUGAUAUCAACAGGGGCGUACGCGCCAGCAGUCUCAUUGCUGCAAAAAGAUCCGUGGUAUAUGCUUAUUGGUUGGGUAUCAAAUAGGUUUAUGCCCCCGCAGAAGCCAGGUCGUAGGGCAAACGGUGAUAUUAUGCUACCACAAACCAGAGGAACUAACGCCUCGUACUAUUUGGAUGUGUACGGAAGUGUAUGGCAUGCUGAUGUGGAGGCAGGAAAUCUUCGGUUUAAUUUUCAAUUAGUUCACCGUAACGCUAUUGCUGUAUGUGUACGCGAACGAAUUCAUCUCUUUAAGUAUUAUUGUAUUCCUGGUGAAACGUGGGAGCCACUUCCUAUUUACUUUUGUGGAUGUAGACAUUGCAGGAUUCCCACUGAACAGCCACCUGAUCGUGUUGCUGUUUCUUUACAUGAUCGUUUUCCAUUACUAUCGAGGGAACCGUCACUUAUUGAAAGACACCCAACCGUGCGUUUUAAUUCCUCUUUGAGUAACAUGGAGCAAGACUCGGAACUAUUGAGUGAUAAAAAUGAUUGUAUCGGAGUAUAUGAGGCUCCAUGGCUCAUUAACACCUCUAUUCUCAAACGUUUUCCGUAUGAGGGAAUGCAUAAUGAUCUGGAUACCUUGUUAGCUACACAGGCUGACCCUAGUGGUUUAGUUACUAUGGUUAUUUUUAAUAGUUUUUGGCGUGAUCAUCUGCAUAACUUUGUAUAUAGCUUUACGAGGAAAGCAAAAAUGCGAAAUCUGAUUGUCGCAAAUCUUGAUGAUGAUGCCUUAUCCCUUUGUAUAUCGUUCAGAUUACCAUGCUUUAAUGCGAGUAUAUUUGCUGAGCAUGAGGUAAAAGAGGCGGCGACACAGAAGCAGGGAUUCUCUCGCAAGGUCACAGAAGAGCUUUCUUGGGUGAAGCCACGUUUGGCUAUUGCUGUGCUUCGUCGUGGAUAUGCGUUUCUGCUAGCAGAUCUUGAUAUAACGUGGAACCGUUCGCCAAUGCGUCAUUUACUCGAGAGUCGUGAAGACGUUGUACAUCAGUGUGAUACAAGAGAUUCACUCAGCAUUAACUCUGGUUUUUAUAUGGUACGCCCAAACGAACGGACCUUGCGUUUUUUCACAGAUAUGAUGUCUUUUCGUCCUGAUGAGAGUGCAGAUCAAGGGGCCAUGCGGCUUUUCAUGAAGUAUGACCAUGUCCAUGGUGUCUCACACCGUUGCUUGCCGCACUGGGAUUUUAACAUGAAGUGUAACUAUAAGGUGGAUCGUUCUGUCAGAAUAAUAAAUGGUCGAGAAACCUUUCUUUGGAAACAGUAUCCCCUUAAUGAGGUUCCCAAAUGGGUUUUGUUGCAUGCCACUUGUCUCUCUGGGGCCAAAGACAAAAUUCAGUAUUUUAAAACCAUAAAGGCAUGGUUUCUUGAUGAACUUGAUGCUAUCACGGGUUCACAUACUUCACCGAAAGCGUUUUGUGUCUCUUUACGUCCCUCUUCUAAGGUGAUAAGUGGUGAAAACAACAUUGUGCACAAUGUUUACGGGACAACUCCACACAGUGAUACAUACAACGAUGCAACUACUGACCCCAAGUAUCUGCAAGAGCGACACUAA